UAGCGUCCGUUGCCAAUCAUCCAUCAUGAAUCCCAUGUCACAUCUGUACUACAAAAAGAGCAGCUACUCUCCGUACCGGGACCGAAUCCCUCUGCAGAUCGUCCGGGCGGAGGUAGAGCUCUCUCCAGAGGAGCGUGCGUUCCUUUCGGCUGUGGAAAAGGGCGACUAUGCAGGAGUACAGCAUGCACUGCGUGAGGCUGAGGUCUAUUACAACAUCGACACGAACUGUGUGGAUCCACUAGGCCGCAGUGCACUAUUAAUUGCCAUUGAGAAUGAAAACCUGGAGGUGAUGGAGCUGCUUCUGGAUCAUGGAGUAAACACUGGAGAUGCUCUGCUCUACGCCAUCCGCAAAGAAGUGGUGGGGGCUGUGGAGCUACUGCUGUCCCAUAGGAAACCCAGUGGAGAGAAACAGGUUCCUUCUUUAAUGAUGGACGCCCAGUUCUCGGAGUUCACGCCUGACAUCACUCCCAUCAUGCUGGCAGCUCACACAAACAACUACGAGAUUAUCAAACUCCUGGUCCAACGCAAAGUCACCAUCCCUCGGCCGCACCAGAUCCGCUGCGACUGCGUGGAGUGCGUGUCCAGCUCCGAAGUGGACAGUCUGCGUCACUCCCGGUCCCGUCUCAACAUCUACAAAGCGCUUGCCAGCCCAUCUCUCAUCGCCCUCUCCAGCGAGGAUCCCAUCCUGACCGCCUUCAGACUGGGCUGGGAACUCAAGGAGCUCAGCAAAGUGGAGAAUGAGUUUCGGCAGGAGUACGAGGAGCUUUCUCAGCAGUGUAAGCUCUUCGCUAAAGACCUGCUGGACCAGGCACGGAGCUCCCGCGAGCUGGAGACCAUCCUCAACCACCGCGACGACCAGAGCGAGGAGCUGGACCCACGCGAGUGCCGAGACCUGGCCAAACUCAAGCUGGCCAUCAAAUAUCACCAGAAAGAGUUUGUGGCACAGCCAAACUGCCAGCAGCUCUUGGCCACACUGUGGUAUGACGGUUUUCCUGGCUGGCGGCGCCGUCAUUGGGCAGUCAAGCUGGUCAUGUGCUUCAUUAUCGGCCUGCUCUUCCCAGUCUUCUCGCUGGUUUACCUGCUGGCUCCCAAGAGCACGCUGGGGCUCUUCAUCAAAAAACCCUUCAUCAAGUUUAUCUGCCACACAGCCUCCUACCUCACCUUCCUCUUCCUCCUCCUCCUGGCCUCACAGCACAUCGCACGCACCAACCUACACAUGCAGGGCCCUCCGCCCACCGUGGUGGAGUGGAUGAUUCUACCUUGGGUGCUGGGCUUUAUAUGGGCUGAGAUUAAAGAGAUGUGGGAUGGAGGUUUUAAUGAGUACGUCCAUGACUGGUGGAACCUGAUGGACUUUGCUAUGAAUUCUCUCUAUUUGGCCACCAUUUCUCUAAAGAUCGUGGCUUAUGUCAAGUAUAACAGUUCUCGUCCGCGAGAGGAAUGGGAGAUGUGGCAUCCGACGUUGAUCGCCGAAGCUUUGUUUGCCAUCGCCAACAUCUUCAGCUCCCUUCGGCUCAUCUCUCUGUUCACGGCUAACUCUCACCUGGGCCCGCUGCAGAUCUCUCUAGGCCGCAUGCUGCUGGACAUCCUAAAGUUCCUCUUCAUCUACUGUUUAGUGCUGCUGGCCUUUGCCAACGGACUCAACCAGCUUUACUUUUACUACGAGACCGAGGCGGCAGAUGAGCCCAACCACUGCAAGGGGAUACGCUGCGAGAGGCAGAACAAUGCAUUCUCUACGUUAUUUGAGACACUUCAGUCUCUGUUCUGGUCUGUUUUUGGCCUCUUGAAUCUGUAUGUCACCAAUGUAAAGGCUCGGCACGAGUUCACAGAGUUUGUUGGAGCCACCAUGUUCGGCACCUACAAUGUCAUUUCGCUGGUGGUUCUGCUCAACAUGCUGAUCGCAAUGAUGAACAACUCCUACCAGCUCAUUGCUGAUCAUGCUGACAUCGAGUGGAAAUUUGCUCGGACCAAGCUGUGGAUGAGUUAUUUCGAUGAGGGAGGAACGCUCCCUCCACCGUUCAACAUCAUCCCCAGUCCCAAGUCAUUCUGGUACCUGUGCCGAUGGGUUCACGGGCGGCUCUGCGGGUCGGAGACUGCACCACCUGAAGAAGACACACAUAAACAUGAAAACCUGAAGGAGUUCACGGAAAAGCAUGCGGACAGGCUUAUACAGAAUCAGCAUUAUCAGGAGGUCAUCCGGAGUCUAGUGAAGCGGUACGUGGCUUCGAUGAUCCGCAGUGCCAAGACGAGCGAAGGGCUGACGGAGGAAAAUUUUAAGGAGCUGAAACAGGACAUUUCCAGCUUCCGCUACGAGGUUUUAGACCUUCUUGGCAACCGAAAGCCUCCCCGGCGGAACUAUUCAUCCAGCAGCGAGGCCACACUUCGAGACGAGGUCAGCGACGACGGCGAAGCCUGUCAUCACAGUGACGGAAGCAGCAUCGGAGCCAAGGGCGUCUCUUUCAAAACUAUUACACCUUCGGAUCCAUCGUACGGGGUCUCUGCCCUCUUCCACUCCAUCUCCGGAAUGGAGGCCGCUGCGACGACGAGGGAGGGUAAACCAAAGAUCAACGGACUGAGGAAGAACCCCUCGCCCUCCUCUUCCCUCUCAUCAGUGGCUCCAGCGAGAGCUCCAGCACUUUCACGGACUUGGAGGCGAUUUUCCCGCUUCUCGAGCUCCAAGAAGAACUCCUUCAGACGGCUCGGACUGCUGUUCUCCCGCAUGGGCAGCCACCUCCCGCAGCCCACAGGCGUUACUGCUGCAACCUACACUAUCUCAGAUGGUUUGCUUCACCCGCCUGGGGCUUGGAAUGACUUGGGCUUCACCAGGGGCGACGGUCCUGUCACCAGAAGUGAGACCAACCUUAAUCAGGUGGCCACUUUAAAUGAGGGCGACAGAGUUGGGAUGUCGACCAACGGACAGAGAGCUAACGGGAGAGAUGUUUUACUGACAUUAGGACCUCUGUCGCCACCUUCUUCCCUGCACUGUGCUUCCAGUUUCUCCGCCUCCAGCUCCCGCCUCCUGGACUCAAACGAGGACGUGUUCCAGGGAUUGGUCGGGCCCUGCAGUGGACAAACGCCACACUCCUCCUCCUGCUGGGUUACGGAACAGGACGAUUCGGUGACCACGCAGCUAUAGUAUUGCUAGUCUGUACUGUACAGCACUUUGAUAAUAACAAUAAUCAUCGAUGAUAUCAAUAACUAUUACCUUAACGACAACCGAUCCUUCUGUUUGUUUGGUUUCUUUCAUUUGCUGCUGCAAUAUUUGUCAUUUCUCUCUGAGGUUUAACCAAAUCGAAAGUCAUUUGUGAGACAGAUGGGAUGAGUAAAUGAAACGAUGGACGACGAGAGAUUCAGAAGGGACAGAAAAGUGCCACGAUCAGCAUAGCAGGAGAACACAGGCCAGGCUGCAUCUUUGUCUUCAUUACAUAACAUCUUUCAGACCAGUAGAUUGUUUGUUUUAUUCCAAAACAGGGACUUCAUUUGAUUUGCGUCAAAGAGUACAACUCUCCUCUUAUUAAUGCACAUGUUUCUCUGUGCCAUCUGUCAAAAUAGAUUGAAAAGUUCACUCCAUUGUGGCUUUAUCUGUAGCUGUUUAAAAUGACUCCCUCACUGACCACCAGACUACCCCUGACUGCCCACAUUUUGUUGGAAUACCACAAAUAUGCUAAUUUAGGGCUUUUCUAGAUCAGCAUUUGUAGGAUGGUGUUAUUAUAAAA